GACAGCAGCAUCAGCUGUUAGCUCCGCUGCUUUAAGCCUCUUCGCCGCAGAUCGCUGUCCGCGCCACGGAAAUAUAUGAGAUCCCCUCUCAAUCCUGACAUGGCGACACAGGAGGUUCAGCUCAACGAGACCUUGGCCCACCUGAAGAGCGAGUCCGAGACGCUGAAGAGCAAGCUGGAGGAGGAGAGAGCCAAACUGCACGAUGUCGAGCUGCACCAGGUGGCAGAGAAGGUGGAGGGUCUGGGUCAGUUUGUCAUGAAGACCAGAAGAACACUCAAGGGUCACGGCAACAAGGUGCUGUGUAUGGACUGGUGUAAGGACAAGAGAAGGAUCGUCAGCUCCUCACAGGAUGGAAAAGUGAUCGUGUGGGAUGCGUUCACUACCAACAAGGAGCACGCGGUGACCAUGCCCUGCACCUGGGUGAUGGCCUGCGCGUACGCCCCCUCUGGCUGCGCAGUUGCCUGCGGGGGCCUUGACAACAAAUGUUCAGUGUAUCCUCUGUCGCUGGACAAGAACGAGAACCUGGCCGCCAAGAAGAAGUCCGUGGCCAUGCACACCAACUACCUGUCGGCUUGUAGCUUCACCAACUCAGACAUGCAGAUCCUGACGUCCAGCGGGGAUGGGACGUGUGCUCUAUGGGAUGUUGAGAGCGGGCAGCUGCUGCAGAGCUUCCAUGGCCACGCUGCAGACGUCCUCUGUCUGGACCUGGCGCCCUCUGAGACCGGGAACACCUUCGUCUCAGGAGGCUGUGACAAGAAAGCGAACGUGUGGGACAUGCGGUCAGGACAGUGCAUUCAGUCUUUUGAAACUCACGAGUCAGACAUAAACAGCGUUAGGUACUACCCCAGUGGCGAUGCGUUUGCAUCCGGUUCAGAUGACGCGACAUGCCGCCUCUACGACCUGAGGGCAGACAGAGAAGUUGCCAUUUACUCAAAAGAGAGCAUCAUAUUUGGAGUGUCUAGCGUGGACUUCUCCCUCAGCGGCCGGCUCCUCUUCGGGGGCUACAAUGAUUACACCAUCAACGUCUGGGACGUUCUGAAAGGAACGCGGGUGUCCAUUCUGUUCGGCCAUGAAAACCGCGUCAGCACAUUGCGUGUGUCUCCAGAUGGGACGGCGUUCUGCACGGGAUCGUGGGAUCACACUCUCCGGAUUUGGGCCUGAAGAUGAAGAGGAGCAGACAAGCCUGUCUGCUGGAGUACAAUCACCUGAAGAAAACAUUUCUGGUUGUACAUAUCAAGAGCUCUGUACAUACUCCAGUCUCACGUCAGGGUAGAUUCACGGGUUUCAGAACGAAACGCGUCCUAAUAACUGAGAAAAGGAAAAUUCUAAUUGGAAAUGUAGACAAGAGUAAAGAUUGUGAAACAUCUGUUUAGACUAGAAGUGACACUGAAGUGAUGUGUUGUAUGUCCCCUCAUGCUGGACAUUCUUUCUUUCUGUUAACUUCGCACAAAACAAAUAGACGUAAAACACCAUGCAAUGUGACAGAGUACUUAUAAAUAAAGCAGUUUGAAAUAUAUAGAAGAGACACAUAAAAAAGAGAACAAAUCAAUGCAUCUAUAAUGAAAUGCUCUAGUACACUAUUUAUUCUGAAAAGUGGCUCCGCUGCCCUUAUAACAAAAGCACACCAAUAGACCCAUCUGUUCUAUAUACCUGUAUGUUUGUCCCCAUCAUGUUGAGUUCUCCUCCCUGCUCCUAUGAACGACAAGCGUCAAGUUAUGUAAAUGUUUCAAAAAAUACUUCAGAAAUAGACUCUGCUCCCUUUCAUACUGUCGUCCAAUGGCUGUAAUUUCAUAAUUAAUUGUAAUUAUUUAUUGUAGUUUAGUGUACAGUUAUUCAAGGGACUGAUUAUUAAAGUAUUACAAGCGUAAU